UUCUUUUUUCAUUUAGUACUUAAUAAAACACAAAGGAUAUACCUCUAAGACAACUGGUAUAACUCUUAUUUAUUCAUUUUAAUGACUACAUAAUAUUCUGCAGUAUACAUAUUCCACAGUUCAACAACCGUUACUCUAUUGAAGGACAUUUAUUUUAACUAAACAAGAAACCAGAGCUAUAUUAAAAGACAGACAUAUCUGGUUGCAUAAUUUAAAAACAUUUUUUGUGAAGAAAAAAGAACCAUAAACAAAUACCAUAGAUGAUUGAUAGAUUGGAAAAACAUCUCUACAUAUGCAGAUAAAAGAUAACCCCCUCUGAUAUAUAGGGAACUCAACAAAAUGAUAAUAAAAAUAUUUCAUAAAACAUAAUUUUUAAAUAUUUUGCAAAUGAUAUAACUAGGUUAGUCACAGAAGCACAAUCCCAAAUGGCCAAUAAAUAUGAAAAAUGCUUGGCUUUAUUUGUUGUUUGGAAAUGCAAGUUAAAAAUAAUAACAAGCUAUCACUUGACACCUAUUUGAUAUUAAUAUAGAACUUCAAUCCACAUUAAAAUUUCCAGAACUAGUUUGUUUAUUCACUGAAAAUCUAUGCAGAAACUUUUUUAAAAACUUAUAUUAAAGCUAUAAAACAUUUCCCAGAGUUUCCGGUUUGCUCAGAGAGUUUGAGGGAGAUUGACUUUUAUUCUCUUUCAGACUUGGCUAAUAUGACACAGGGUGAGAACAGAGGUUAGAAAAUUAAAUUUUGAUAUCAGUUAUAUAACUUUUUUAAUUCAAAAGGAUUUUCUUUGAAAACAGAAGCUGUUGAAUUUUAGAGUCGUAGAUCAAUCCACCCUGAGAGGAAAACAAUGCCACAGGGUUUGCUUGACUUCCCAAGGUCACCCAGCUCGUCCUGUAUUCUUGCUGGUUUACCAUAUUGUUCCUCAGUGUCUUCUCAUAUCUUUAAUUACACUAAUACAGAGAAAUCAUAUUUCAAGAAUUUUUCCAUUUUCAAAAAAAUAUUGAAUAUACAUUUAGAGAAAUUAUACUUUCUUUAAUUUGUUUCAAUUUUAAGUAGAAAUAACAACAUGAGAACAAUAUAAAAAAUCAGAAAAGAAACAUCACUUACAAUCCUACUACCUUUACAAAAUAAACUGUUUCCUUAAUUUUGCUUUAAGUACUAAUUUAUGUGCAUUAAUGACUUUACAUACUAAUAAUAUUUUUCUGAUGUUUCCAAAAUGUUUUCGUGACUUUGGUUUUCAGGCCUAUAAGCUGGUCUGUUUGACUCUACCUUUCCUUUCUUCUGACCUGUUUUUCAUGCAUGUUGUUUUUAAGCCUUGAACAUUGUUUCAUAUCAGCCUCCAUCCUUGAUCAAAUGCCUUCAAUGGCUACCAAUUGCCUACCUCAGAGUUUCUCAGAGGGUGUCACCCUAAACAUUAGUAUCCUGGUCUAAUGCUGUCAGCUGCAUGGAACACAACAAAAAGUUAAAGAUGUUAAAUAGUAACGAAUUCAUCAUAUACCCAAAAUGUUUGAGGGGAAGAGGGGGAGGGCAAUUCCUGGGUUAAUUCAGGUGCUUGAUGGUGUCAUCAAGGACCCAACUUCUUCUGGUCAUUCUCUGCCAUCCUCAGCUUGUUGGUGUUUGUCUUCAAUCUUGUCUCUUCAUUAUCCCAAGGUAUCAGCAGCAUACUCAAGCCUCACAUGGCUUUGACUGGAGUCAGGAAAAGCUUCUUUUUCUUCAGGCUAAACACUUUUUAAAGAGUUGACCCACGUACAUAGAUGUUCCAAAUCCUAUUGACCAGAAUUUACCACAUGCUCAUGUGUAAACCAGUCAUUGACAAGGAAAAUGGAAAUACCAUGAUAGGUAGAGAAUAAUCAAGGUUUACCCCAGAUCCGGGGGAAAGGUCCACUCUCUGAGUGCAAAAGCUCUAGGGUUGUUAAUAUUGAAGAAGAUCAGGAAAAGGCUCAAUUAGACAACUAGCAAUGUGUGCCACAAAAUCCAGUUUCCUCAGUUCCCUUCAAGGCCCUUCAUAAUCUGACCUUAUGGGAAUCUAAUACAAAACCUCUGUCCUGGACAGGCCAAUCCAUUUUCUCUCCUGCCUAUGUAUCCUGCUUAUGUGCAUUCCUACCUGUGGCUUGGCUCAUGUUUCUCUUAGCAGUCUCUUAUUCUUUAGAGCUGGCUGUGGCUAUUUAAAAUAAAAUUAAUUAAAGUUAAAUAAAAUAAAAAAUUCAGUUCCUUGGGCACACUAAUUGCAUUUCAAGAGCUUAAUGGCCACAUAUGGCUAAUGGCUACUAUAUUGGACAGCACAGGUAUAGAAUAUUUCCACCAUUGCAGAAAGUUCUGUUGGACAGCACUACUCUAGAGAUUCUUUCAAAUCAUAUCUAUUAUUUAACAGAGAGUUAGCCAAACUAUGGGCCACUUUUAUCAGAAUCAACUGGAGAUGCUGUUUAAAUGCAGAUUCUGAGUCCUAGGAGUAGGCCCCAGGCCACUUUCGUGCCCAGUAAAGUUGAAGAACCACUGCUUUGAGGUCUAGUUUAGUUUAUUUCCUUUACUGAAAUAUACUAAAUCCUGGAGUUUUCAUUAAUUUUCUCUUACUCUAAACUUCUAUAGCAUUCAUAGUUUAUAUAUCACAGUUUUAGAUUUUCAUUAUAGACGUAUGUAUUUGCUAAUUACUUCAAAAAGCAUUUUUUCUGAAUAUGGGCAUGUAAGCCCCUCGAGAGGAGGUACUAUGGCGUUUUAUAUCUGUAUGUUCUAAAAUGCCUAGGACAGUGUUGGGUACAUAGUAAAUAUAAAGUAUUGACUGAUUAGUUACAUUCUACAGAACUGACAAUCUACAGUCUGUAUUUGGUUGGCAAUUCUUUGAAAAAUCAUGCUACUGUCUGUAAUAUUGGAGAUGGAGAUGGAUGAUGGUAAGGUUAUUUCCACAAUACUUUUCCUCAGUUUCAUUUGUUGGAAAUAAACCUGAAAAUUUUGGUUUGAGUUCUAACAAAUAUUAUAUGAAGAUCUUCCCUAUAAGGUUUAGAUUUGCAGCACUUUUUUUUAAAUGGUUAUUUUUUAAAUGCUCUGAUCUCUUGAUUCUCUUGUGAAACAUAAACUAAUCAAAGCUCUGGAGCCAUAGCUGAUAGAGAAACCUCUUGGAACUGAACUCUCCACAUGAGUCAGGGUUCGUCUAAUAAAUAGAGAAUCCCAGGUAGCUGUUCUAGUCUACUUUGGUGAUUUAAUAAUCACCUGAGAAUUGUUGGAGCAGGAGGUUAAGGUCUUGGCAUAAUAGAAAAUGGGUAGACCUGUAUCUUCACAAGUUGGAGCACAGUGAAGGGGCCAUGGUAGAUUAAUAAUAUUAUUAAUUCGAGUAAUGGUAAUAUUGCUAGUAAUAGUAGCUAUGAGCAGCAGCAUCUCACUUAGGACUAGUGUAAGGAAUGUUUCUUUUACAUUCUCUUAUGCAUAAUUUCACAGAUUGUAUCAUUUCAUGGGUUGAUGUGACGAUAACUUCAUUCUCUGGCAGGCUCAUUACCUUAUAAUACAAAAUCAAUCUAAUAUAUUAUUUAAAAAAUAAAAUCUCAAUUGAACAGAUAACUCUUUCCUCUGAGACUCUUGGUAUAUUUUUGACUCUAAGACAGUUGAUUCAUCGUUUGAUUCCAAAACAGUCACAUUUUUGAGAUAAUGGAUCAAUGCACCAAGUAUGUAGCCGGUACAAAUAGACCUCCAGGAAAAGUUGGUUCUUUUUCCUCGUCAGACUUGCUGAAUGACAGGCCUCAGACUUUAUCAGAGAGCAGCAAUUAGUUAAAUAUUUUGCCUCCCAACUAAUAUUACCAAGUUCUUCGUUUUCUAGAAAAGUUAGACCAUGUAAAAAUCACCUUUCUCCUCCUUAUUCAUAUAAAUGGAACAAGCUAAUACUAGUAUGAUAUUUGCAUAGUAUUCUUGGUCAAAAGAUGUAUAGGAGUUGUUUGAUAUUAGUAGGUAUUAAACGGACUGUCUGUACAAUCUACUGAAGCUCUAUUGGAGUCUGGAAGUGUAGUGUCUGGGUUAUGGUAUUUCAGAUAUUCUAAAUGUUUGAGGUUUUUUGCCAUCAUAAAGAAUCCUGAGUCAGUGGUAUGCCUUAUCUCAACUUCUGCCUCCAGAGCAGCAACUGUGAUGGAGCAGUGUAAUACAUGGCAUAGUUGCAUAUCUGGAAUUUCAGAGAGUGUGUUUAUAUGUCAGAGAAUGUGUGUCUGCACAAAACAUAGCCUUUAAUAAAGAACAACCAUAAAGGCCUUUAUGACUCAUAUAUGCUUCUCUGCUUAGUCCUGACUCAUAUAUGCUUCUCUGCCUAGUCCUUUCCUGCUAUUUAAUAAUUUAAUUUAUAGCAGGAAUUAAUAAUUUAAUCCAAUCACUUAAUAAAAAUUAAUGUACAGUACUACAGGCAUUGUACACAUCAUUUCUAAUCCUCACAACAGGCUUGUAAGUAGGCAUCAUGAUUCUCAUUUUUAAAACUAAAAAAACUAAGGCUCAGAAAGUUUUAAGUAAAUUUCAGAGCCAUAGGUAAUAAGUGGAAAAGUCAGAAUUCAAACCUAGGGCUGUCUGCUUUCAAAGCCUUUGUUCUUUCCUCUGUCAUACUCUUGGGUACAUGUCUUGUGACUCAAAUAGAUUGUAAGAUCUGGAUGUCAGGAAUUUAUCUUAUGUUUUUUAUUAUCCAGAAAGGUAAUUUGAGGCAAAUGUUGCUGCUCUUGCUGAAGGUGGUGUAGAUAGGUGCUAAGGGGCAUAUUAACUCUUUCAGACCACCAGGGGGCCAUUUGGUACCUUAUUUUUGGGAAACAGACUGUACGGAGACUAUAUCUUGAUUGGUAAGGAAUGUAGUGGGGAUUAAGUCUUAGGUUUACUCCCCAGACUUGAAUGAAAGCUCCAUGACUGGAAGUGCUUUGUCUCUCUUGCUCACAACUCUAUCUCCACACCUAGAAAAAGCAUGUAGUUGCCCCUCAAUAAUUAUUUGUGGAUGAAUGAAUGAAUGACCCCUAUAUGGUCCUGUUAGCUUUAUUCCAUGGUUGUGGAACCCAUCCUUAACCUGAGCCAAACUUCUGUCAGAUCUAAGCCUCUGACUCCAAAGGAGCUGGGAAAAGGGAGGGUAGAUGGAACAACAUAAGCUUAUCACCUCCACUAGAAAUACCAAGAUGAGGCCCAGGCCUUUCGGAAGCUAGGUCAGUAGCGUUAUCUUUUGCAUAAAGGAUGCUAACAAAGAAAAAUAAAUCCGGAACAAUUCUGUGGCAGAGAUGAAAGGAAAUACAUGUCAUUUUCUCUUCUUUUUGAGUUUUACAAAAUGAUGAUGCAUUUGUAAUCCUUCGUGCAUGUUCAGUUUAUCAUCAAAUUUACUUACUUACCAAUUUACUUACAUAAUGUAGGUGAUACGGGCUUUAAAUUUGCCAGUAAAUAUCCUAGUUAAUAAAAAAUAAUUGAAAGCCAUAUAUUUUCAGGAUAAUACUGCAUAGUGGAAUAAAACCAUGGAAUUGAUAGUCUGGAAAAAGUGUUCUGAAAAAUGUGACAAAUAUCUUGUAUAAAUGUUACAAUUCAUUUUGCUUAUUCGAUUUUAAAUUGACGAGACUUCCAAAACCAAAACAGUGUGGGCUUACUUUAGAUCCUGUUAAGUGGGAGGUUACCAGACAUCUGUAUGGUGUUUACCCUUGGGAAGCUAAAGUUCACACAUUGCAAACAGACACCAUAAUUCUAUCUUAGAGUAAAGUUUGUGUUUAACCUGUACUGACUUUUUUUUUAAGGCUUUGAAGUAAUAAUUGGCAACAGCAAUUAUAAUAUCAAGCAUCCUCUCAGUUUUCAUUUGGAUAAAAUGCAUCAAAUACAUUUGUCACUUCCUUAAAAAUAAUUGUUCUCUUCAUAGUUUUCCUACUGGGCAAGAAGUUUCUAUCCAGUGGGGAUAAUAGAAUUCUCCAUUGGGCAGGAAAUUAACAGUAACAACUUAGUAAGUUCUUAUCAAGUACCUAUAAUUGGAGUGGUGCUGUGGAGAAGGAGAAAGGAAAAUAAAGAACUAUCCGUGACCUUGGGGAAGCUUAUGGUCUAGUUAAAACACAGUUAUGUGGCUUGUGGUUUUGUAAAUUCAGAUCUAGUUUUAUUUAAACCAUGUUCUUCAAAUUGUUACUAACAUAGUAAAAGAUUUAUGUAACAUGGUAUGUAAGGGUAUCAUUUGUUCUGUUACUAAAUACCAAAAUUAUAAAAGAAUUUACUUGAACUGUUAUCUAAUGGAGAUUUAAUGUCCAUUUCAUUUUUUAAACUAGAAGUCGUUUAUGACUUUGUUCAUGAAUCAUUGAAUGUAAAAUUUGAAACAGUGCUGGUGAUGUUAAGGAAAUCACGGUAUGAGCCUUGAGUUUGUUAGUGACACUUCAUGGACAUUAAGCUAUCUAUAAAUAACAUCGAAACUGUGGCAUGUGUAUUUUGAGAGGGGCAUAUGAAUUUGAUCACUAUUCAAUUCAUAUCUUUUUUUUGUCUUAUAGAGUAGAAGCUAAUUUUAGUAAAUAAGCUCCUUUUGAGAUGUUCUUUGGUAAAUUUAAGAUAUGAGAAAUUAUUUAGAGAGAAAAUGAAUGAAAACUUAUUUUGACCUUCAGUCUAUAUUUAAAGUACAUUUACAGUCAUAUGAGAUUACUUAAUACCUUACUAUUUUACUAGUGCACAUAGAUUAUGUUGGAAAUAAUAAACAUUUAAAGCAUAAAUCGUUAAGCAAUUUCUCAUAAAUACAAUUCACUCUUUAGCAAUUUGGAUUCUCAUCAAUUUUUCAUCAGUGAAAAUUAUGCAUACUCUAAUUUGGCCCUUGAUAUAUGUUUCUCAUUAUGCAUGGUAGUAAAAAAUAGUAAGACUAAUCAUUUCCAUAUUGAUCAUAAAUAUGUUGUCUUUUUACAAAUUUUCUUUGAAUUGAAUGGAAUUAAAUUUUCUACCUGAUUUGUGGAUCACCAGAGAAAGGAAGAUACAUGUUAGUGAAAGAAAAAGAAAAAACUUAAAGGAUAGCUAGAACUCACUACUUAUGCAAUAAUAUUUUAGCUUUAAACUCUCUUACUCCUUUAUAUUAGAGCUUAUUAAAGAACAAGAUCAUAAUUUAGUCUGCUAAAUUGUAACCCCUUACAUUCAUGUUGUCACUUAUUAUUGUUGAUAUCCUUUUUGUUUGUAUCUUAUUUAAAAUCUGGUUUUCCAGAAACUUAUGAGCAUGAGAAAUCUAUUCUAAGUUGACUUUUAUUAGUAGAAUUCUAUUUUGAUCUCUUUAGAGAUACUUUUCCCUUAGUUCUUAUAUUAAGUUAAAGCAUUAGCAUAUAAAUCCUAUUGCAAUGAUGUAUAAAUAAAACCGACCGAUAAAAAUAAUUAUGUAGUCACAAUUUUCUCUCUCCUAAGAAUUAGAGACUUACAUCUCUGAAAACACUAAUGUUUGUGGGAUGGUUAUGAUAGUCCAGCUGCCUUUGUGUGUAUUUCAUUUAAAUGUAAAUUUAUCUUAGAGACUCUAAAGAUGAGCUCAGAAGGUAGCAGAUUUUACUUUGAAUAAUCAUUUUCUUCUUUUUUCAUGAAUACUAAAAUCCUUAUUUUACACUAAAGAAAAAAACUUAAGCAGCCAAUACACAGCUCCCUUUUUAAAAGGUUCUUAAUGGAUUAUCAAUUUUCUCUCAUUAGCAAUUUUUCUAAGAUUGUGUAUUUAUAUUAAAAGAAAAUUAAUUAUGUGCUGUAAAAGCACAUAUACCAACAUUUCAACAAUUUCCAGUAUGAUGCUGAGUAUUAUUUUGUAGUACUAUGUAAAGGAAAACAGUAGUGUUUUAAAAAGAGGUCAGGUUGUAGAAGUACAUUUCAGUUAAAUCUGAGAUGUUAAAAAAACUUUUGAAGUUAGCGGAAGCACACUGACAUAUGUAUCUCACACAUGCACAUAUCUAUAUACUGUGUAUAUAUUUAGAGUAUAUUUUUAACCACUGCUUAAAACUCAGUCUGAUAUUGUCAUUAUAAAUCAACUUCCAGGAACAAUUUCUGAGGACAAGUUUUUGAAAAAGUUUUCACUUAUCACUAUUCCCUUUAAGACAGAUGGUCAAGAUUUGAAGCUCUGUAAUUUGCCUUCAUUUUAUACUCAGUUGCUGGCACUGUGUAAGCCACCGUGAAUGUUCUUUUAAGGAAGCUUACCUUGUGUUGACUUUAGCAGCUUUUUCUGCUUCCCUACAAUAAAACAGGCCAUUUGUGUGAGUUGCUGUUGAUUGCAUAUUUUGAAGUCAUUUUUGUCUUUAACCAUUGCAUUGCCAGCCUGUGAUUAUCUUGUGUAAAAAAAACAAACAGACAAAAGCUCUUUGAUCUACCCUAACCUUUCUAUAUGUAAAUUUUGGAAAAGUGGAACUGUAGCAUGCCAAUAAAAUGUACUCCUGUGUUGACAUUUUCAAAGUAAUUAUAAAAAGGAUUAUAAAGUUUACUAAAGGAAUUGCUAUUUGUUGGUUGAUAAAAUUUACUUAGGUCACAUAAUUGUAAAUAUUUCCCAGCAACUGCUAUAAAGUCAAAAGUUCUCAUCAGAGAAAAGACCUUUGUUUAACCUAAAUAUCUUUCUUUCAUACAGUUAGGAGAAGUAAAGGGGUGUUUUCUGAAUAUUUUUAUUAAGAGAUCCUGAGUUUUUAUUUAUGUCAUUCUUUAAUAUGUAUGUUUUCAUAGAGUGCUUGCAGAUUUUAAGACAUAAUUCUGCAUAUUUUGCUUUAAUUAAUAGUUGCUGUUUAGAAUUUAAAACUGAGUUUUACAGUACCCAGUAGGAGUGUGAAAUGUGUAUAUACAGCAGUAUCAUAAUUUACAAAUUCUCGGAUACAAGGUCAGACACAUUGGUUUAUAAUCAAAAUCAGUGAUUACUUUCGUUGGUAGCUUGUCAUUGGCAAAAUGUGUUUCUGGGUUACAAACCACAAGACUCUUGCAAGGUGAUGGCCCACUGGUCAACCUGUAGAAAAUGAGUGUGAUAAAUCAGUUUUCUCUGGGUUCUUUCUAUUUUGUGUUGUGGUUUGAGAAAAAACAAAAGAUGAGAACAAAUUGGUAUGAAUAUUUUUAGUCAUUCCACCUGGUAAAACUCCAUACUGACAUUGGGUUUUCAGAGGUGUUUUUCUUUCAGUAACUGCUGCAUAGCAACUUCCUCAUUUUUUUUAUAAGGACGUUCUGUUUUAGUAAAUUAGAUGGUGUUGAGGUGGGUGGUGGUAUGUAGGUAAUUGUAAAAGGUUUAUGCCUACAGUCAGGGUUACCUGGUAACUGAAAAUGCUGUGUGAAUCUAUUUUUGCAGUGCGAGGGAGGAUGGGGGGGAUGGGGAGAAUGAAACUUGAAUCAGUGACCAUCUGGCCUAGAUUUGGCUGAUUUCCUGUGCACGCCCUUUGUUUCAGCCAGACAAUGGAUUGUUCCUUUUACAGAUAAGAAGUCUGUUGAUGACUUUGUGCUGAAUCAGCAGGUUUGGUUUGGGAUUUCAAGCACUGACUCACAUUGAGGGGUUUUCUGUUGUACUGAUAUCACUAUCCUGUCUUCAUCUGUUAUAAAAAUAUUCUUAGGUUCUUUUCUAUGGUUUAAUAGAGUGCUGAGAUUGCAAACAGGUCAAAUAAAAUAAUUGGGAAUGUGGCUUUCUGGUUUGGUAUUACCUGUCUCAAACAUUGGAAUUUUCCUUGUUCUUAGUUUCCAAAAUUAAUAUCUCCCUUAUUGUGAUUUUUGAUGAAUCUUUACGUACACUCUUCUCUUUGUCUGAACAUGAGUUUUUCACUUGAACUUUUGAAGACUUAAAUUUAGUGUUGUCCUAAAUCUAAGCCAGGCUUUUAUGGUGUGGUUAUGUAAAUGAUAAGUUUUCUGUGACAUCUGUUGCCAUAUAUCUGCAAAUUACAUCUUAGGGUGUUAGAGCUAUUUUCCUUACUUUAAAUGCUACAUAAUCGUCAUGAGACUGUUAAAAAAAAAAAAAUGGUUGUUGACUCAAAGCAAGGACCUUUGUUGCCCAGCGUUCUAAGUAAGCCAACCAUCAAUUUUUGCAGGUUAUCUCAGAAACAGUAGAGAUCAGAAUGUGGCUAAGUGUCACUUUUCCAGAACACAAGAGCAUAUUUCAAUGCUACCAUCUUGCUCUUUGGCCAAGAAAUAUAAAAAUAAUCAUUGUUACUCCUGAAGUUUUAGGAUUGUUGGCAGAGGUUGUCAACCUUUUAGUUUAACUCCUCUCUUUACUGCUGAAUUGCCCUCUAACACUCUGAUACAGAAUUUUCUCCGGACACCUUUUUUUGAAAACACUUAUAACUUUAAAAUCAAGCAUCUGAUCAAAACGGUCUGCUUUGAGAUCUAUUCUCUAGUUCUUUUGUGUAGAUAAGGGAAUGUUCUUUAUGUAGAAUCAAGGAGACUGAUCAUAAGAAAAAAGCUUCUUAAUAGUCAGUUCCACCGGGAUCUAAUUAUGUAGCAGAUGGGACCACACAGCAUAGGGCACUGUCAUUUGAUGUAAUUAAUUUUAGGUCUGCGUGCAGAGAAACUGAAUGACAACAAAUGGCACAAGAUCUUAGUUUGCAUCCAUAUGGGGCACUGGCUAUUCAUAUAUGUUGCUCCCCUUCUCUUUUAGGUCUCUUUAAUCAACUGCUUGCUCUAUUUGAUGAUAAUAAGGUUUUGGAAUUACUUGUUUGGUUUAAAUGUGUGGGUGGUUUGGAAUACGAGGACGUUUUAUGGAUGUGAAUUGGAAUAGAAUAUUCAGAUUUCGAGAACUGGUUAGUUAAAUCAUAGAACAGGCAGAGUUAAAGAGCUGCAAACGCAACAGCACCAGGACAAGUUCUACUUAAUUUUCUUCCUCACUUUAAUCAGAGACUAGUUCAGGGAACUAGUUCGAGUAGAGGGGAAGGUCUUAUUCUUUUCUCCCCCUCCCCCCUCCUGUUCACCCUUUACCCCCCAACCUCUGACUCUCCUUCAAAUCUCACUGAGGAAUUAUCGUCUCUGCAGAGGCUUGGCUGCAGAUGCCUGGGAAGUUUACACUGCAGAGAGUUGUUUUGUUUGGCAUAGCUAAUCAGGAGCCAGGCUGGAAUUGCUCAUAGCUGUCAUUCAGGUUUUGUUUCAAAGUCCAAGGACCUGCUGGGAAAAACAAAAAGCUAAUGAAAGCUGACUGUAUUUAGGCCUCAAAUCUGUGGAAUCUGAAAUGAUGUCCUGACAGUGUAUUCUUAUUCUUCCACAUUCUUGCUGUUACUAAGGUAACAGAUUUUUAGAAGCUUUCCAUCUUCAUUGUCAAGUAUUUGCUACACUUAUUGUUGUUUUUCAGAUUAGAGCAAUUCAGAUUAUCUCCUUUUGAGAUGAAGGGAAAAAGAAAAUAAUGGAAAUAAAAUGUCUGAAUCAAUUACCCUGAACACUAGUAAGAUAAGUUUUUUUCUCAAUGCCUUAAAAUUCUUAGAUUGAUAACAUAUUAACAUUUAGAACAAGAUCAGUUUCCCAGGUUUGUGAGUGCUGUGUGUCUGAAAAUCCCACUCCUGUAAUGUAAAAUAGGAAAUAUUCAUAUAAUCAUUAACAAAUACAUUUUAUGGGAAAAAGAUAUAUAGAAAUACCCGGUCUUUAAGAUCUUCCUUCUUGAAUAAUUAUGUGAAACACUGAUGUGCUUGAAUUCUUAUCUGUAAGUGGGAAAAUUAAGCAAUGUAAGAAGAUGGACUUUGAUGAACCUAUUUAUCCCCAAAAUGUCUUUUAAUAUUUGUUUUUAAAGGCUGUUUUGCCUUGGUGGAUUAGCAUUCAUAUAUAUAUGAAAAUGCUGUCGUUUUUACAGUCAGGAAUCAUUUGGGGCAGAUAUUACCUGUGGUUUGAUAAAUGAUAAACAAAAGAUAAUUUUUUAGAAGCAAGGUGUCCUUUGGGUAUGCUUAGAUUUGAGAAUCCCCAGGGAUGCUCCUCAGUAGUGUUAUAACCUUUAUGAAUCUUCUUGUCAAGAUGUUGACUCAUUGAAAGAUGACAGUUUUUUUUCACAGACUUAUCAAACAUCUUCAUCAAGUACUUUUUUCCCCUGUGGCAAUAAUUAUAAUAUUGAAAUAAUCUAAUUUUAGUACUGAUCAGAUCAUGUCCCUCAUUUGGUAUCAACACAAUAGAACUCUGUAUUUAUGGAGAUAAGAUCUGGCUUAAUUUUCUUCUAAGAAAUAUAAGAGAGUGAGCAGCUGGCUGAGUGGAAAAGAAUAAGUAAGGGUCUGGGAGAGAAGUGUUCAAAGUGUGUUAGGAGGCGCUCAUUUUAAUUUCUGUGUCUUUGUUCAUGCUGGCUUCCCAGCUUGGAAUUUUAUCUUCUUUUCUCUCUACCUAUCUAAAUCCUGUGUUUCUCAAGGUCCAGUUCAGGUCCUUCUUCAUUCACUAAGCCCUCUUCGACUUCUAUUGCUGUCCAGAGAGUAAGAGAGACAGUCUCCUUAGCUGAUCACAGUUUGUAAAUAAUUGUGUUUAGAGAUGGUUUCUACAUUUUUAGGAGGAAAGUGAUCAGAAUGGGGGAGAUAUGGGGAAAAAUGACAUAAAGAGAAUGGACAAUUUAAAAGGGGCAAGUUUAAUCCAAGAUUUAGAGAGAAGAUAGCUGUCUUUAAGAGCUGACAUGUACAGCUGGAAUUAGAUUUACUCUAGUUACUUUUAAAGCAGUGGUUUUCCAAUUUUCCUUUGCACAGCUUCAGGCAUUCUGUGGUGUGCCUAAGGCUGCAGCGGGGUGGAGGAAAAGGGGGCACUAGGGGACACCCUGAGAGCCCCCUGCAGCUGCCAACAGAGGACUUCCACUUUUAACUGCUUUAUAUGUUGGGCUUGUGCCCAAUAUUUCUUUUAUGGACACAUUGCACUGCAUAAAAAAUUAUUUUGAAAAUCAUUCUGUAUAGCAUAAUAAAUAGGUGAGAGUUUUGGUUCAACAUAGGAUACAUUUUAGCAAUAAGAGGCUUCAAAAGAUUAAAUGGAGUGCUUGUGAAAUGUGAGUUCUGUGUUGAAUCAGAAGCUUAAUGACCCUAACAAGGAUGUUGGAAGAUUUCUGCUUAUUGGAAGACAUUGGGUUGGAUCCCUCCUAGGUUUCCUACAGGUCCAAGAUUGUGUAGUUGAUUCCUUCUUUUAUUGUCAGUUUCAGGUGAUUUGGCACUUAGCUGUUCUCAAUUGGGUUUUUAAGUAAACCCCACUUCUCCAUUAAAUCAUGAGGCUCCAGAGAGCAGUGUCUUCACCGUUUUUGGAUUCUUCAGAUCCCAACAUAGAUGUAGGGGCUUCGUAAAUACCUGUUGUUACAAGAAAUAACUGAAGAAGCACAUGCUUGAUUGCCUUAUGACCUCUUCCAAUUAUAAAGGGUGAUAAGGGAAAGUAUUUGCAGGAAUUUUUCUCCACUAUUGCUUUCUGCCCUCCAGGAACAGUAGAAAUGACAAAGGAGAUUUAAGAUAGCUUUUUUUUUUUUUUUGGCCAGGAGACUAGAAUACUACUGCAUCUGAAAAAGUGAACAUGACCUCUCCCCUCUCUCAUUCCUCCCCACUCCCCCGGGGGUGCCUAACAGGUGAAACUUUGAAUGUGAAAAUCCUGAUUCUCUAUACAAACUGAGACACAAUAAGAGGGCAAAGCGAGAUUUCCAGGUGUCCCAAGGGCAGAUAGGGAAUGCAUUCUAAGAGAGUCACAUCGCCAGCCUGGACUAAAGUAGUUUUUUUGUCUCAUGAGUCACUUGGUUCUGACGUUAUUGAGAACUAGAACUAAAGGGUAUGAAUUACAGGAAAUUUUUCCAGAUGCAAGAUUAUAAUCUAGUACUCAUGAUAGAACUGACAGGGGCACACAGAUGCUUGAUGAGCACAGUGUAAUCUCAAGCAGCCCUUUUACUCAAAAGAGGCCUUUUGUAUUUCUUCUCUUUGUGCUGGGUGGAAAAGGGCAAAAUGUUUCCCCCACCUCCCGGCACAUUGCCUUGUGCCUAGUAGAGGCUCAAGAAGUGCUUAUUUAAUUGAGCUGAAUUUUAUUAAUGGGACUUUCAGAACCAAUUUCCAAUUACAAUACAUACUGUAUCUGGUGAUAGUAGUCAUCAUUGCUUGAAGUCUUCACUAUACCUCAACAAACUCAGGGCAGUUUAGGGAUGACAAGUUUGAUGAUGUCAAUGUCUUAAAGUUCAAAUUAGUCACAUCUGAAAAUACAAGGAGGCUUGUGAAACAUCUCUGUCCAAAUUGUUCAUUUUUAGUGAAUAACAAGGGGAAGGCCUGGAGCCAGUAAUGAUUCCAACAUUAAGGAAGCCUUGCCAUACCCUAGGAAGAGAGAUGCUUUUGUUUGGAGAUUUUUGAACAAUUUGGCCGAUUUAAAAAAAAGGAAAGUAUAUGACUGGGAGCCUUGGAUUCUAGCACCAUCCUUGCCAUUUAGUGCUUCUCUAAUCUUGAGUGCACAAAAGCUUUAAACAAGUAAAAUCUAGGCAGCAGGCUCCCUGAAGUGUUGACAGCCCAACUUAAUCAUGAACGUGAUUCAAAAAUGUUAAUAAAUAAACUAAGACCAUGGGGAAUUCAUAUGCUGGGCAACUGAAAUCUGCUCGAUUUGAAGAAGCUCUCCACAACUCCAUAGAAGCCUCUCUCAGAUGUAGUAGUGUGGUACCACGACCAAUUUUUUCCCAGCUGUACUUGGACCCUGACCAGCAUCCUUUCUCAUCUGCAGAUGUAAAACCCAAGGUGGAAGAUCUGGAUAAAGAUUUGGUACACCGCUACACUCAAAAUGGAAGCCUGGAUUUUUCUAGCAAUCUAACAGUUAAUGAAAUGGAAGAUGACGAAGAUGAUGAAGAAAUGUCUGAUUCGAAUAGCCCACCAAUUCCCUAUUCACAAAAACCUGCCCCAGAAGGGUCUUGCACUACAGAUGGUUUUUGUCAAGCGGGAAAGGAUUUGCGUUUGGUAUCUCUGUGUAUGGAACAAAUCGACAUCCCAGCAGGAUUCCUCCUGGUGGGAGCCAAGUCUCCCAAUCUUCCUGAACACAUCCUAGUGUGUGCUGUAGACAAGAGAUUUCUACCAGAUGAUCAUGGAAAAAAUGCACUUUUAGGGUUUUCUGGAAACUGUAUCGGCUGUGGAGAAAGAGGAUUUCGGUAUUUCACAGAAUUUUCCAACCACAUUAACUUGAAGCUCACCACCCAGCCAAAGAAGCAGAAGCACUUAAAGUACUACCUAGUCAGAAGCUCCCAGGGUGUCCUGUCAAAGGGACCUCUUAUCUGCUGGAAAGAAUGUAGAAGCCGACAAUCCUCUGCUACUUGCCACUCUAUUAAACCAAACUCUUCAGUGUCAUCAACUGUGACCCCAGAAAAUGGCACAACUAAUGGAUACAAAUCAGGAUUCAUUCAGACAGAUUCGCCGAUUCUCAGUCCAGCUAAUUCUGCGAUCAAUUUAAGUGGAGCUCAGGACCUGACCCGGAAUAAGAAUGUUGUGAAGCCACUGGCUUUAUCUUUGCAGGUUGUAGGGAAGACUUUUGCUGCAGAUGCUGCUAAUGGAAACAGUAGCCAUGGAGGGAAGAGCAGUACAUCUAGCUCCACUCCAGCCCGCCCAGGGAAUUACUCUUUGUCACCAAGACCUAGCUAUGCAUCAGGAGACCAAGCUACCAUGUUCAUUUCUGGGCCACCAAAGAAACGACACCGGGGGUGGUAUCCUGGGUCACCUGUCCCCCAACCUGGUUUAGUUGUACCUGUUCCUACAGUUCGCCCUCUUUCAAGAACUGAGUCUCUUUUAUCUGCCCCAGUUCCACAGACCCCAUUAACUGGAAUUUUACAACCUCGACCCAUUCCUGCGGGGGAAACUGUAAUUGUUCCUGAAAACCUGCUGAGUAACUCAGGAGUUAGACCAGUAAUUCUGAUAGGCUAUGGCACUUUACCCUAUUUCUAUGGAAAUGUUGGUGACAUUGUUGUGAGUCCUCUGCUGGUGAACUGCUACAAGAUUCCACAGUUGGAAAACAAAGAUUUGGAACAAUUAGGGUUGACUGGCAGCCAACUCCUGAGCGUGGAAAACAUGAUUCUUCUGACGAUACAGUAUCUUGUGCGGCUGGGUCCUGAUCAGAUACCUCUCAGAGAAGAAUUUGAGCGAAUUAUGCUGAAAGCUAUGCAGGAAUUUACUCUGAGAGAGCGAGCCCUACAGAUGGGCGCUCAGUGCACACCUGUGUCACCAGGACAACUCCCCUGGCUUGCUAGAUUAAUUGCCAGCGUAUCCCAAGACUUGGUUCACGUGAUUGUGACCCAGAACUCUUUGGCAGAGGGCAUUUCGGAGACAUUGAGGACUCUCAGUGAAAUGAGACACUAUCAAAGGCUACCAGAUUAUGUUGUGGCAAUUUGUGCAUCAAAAAUCAGAGGAAAUGAAUUUUGUGUGGUAGUAUUAGGUCAGCAUCAGUCCAGGGCUCUGGCGGAGAGCAUGCUCACCACAAGUGAGUUUCUGAAAGAAAUCAGUUAUGAGCUCAUUACAGGAAAGGUCAGUUUCCUGGCGUCGCAUUUCAAAACCACAUCAUUAGGCGAUGACCUGGACAAGCUGCUGGAAAAAAUGCAACAAAGAAGAGGAGACAGUGUCGUUACCCCUUUCGAUGGAGACCUUAAUGAAUGCGUGUCAGUUCAGGAGGCUGCCGCCAUGAUUCCCACGCAAAACCUGGAUUUAGAUAAUGAAACCUUCCAAAUUUAUCAACCACAGCUAACAGUUGCCAGAAAACUCUUAUCCCAGGUGUGUGCUAUAGCAGACAGCGGCAGCCAGAGCCUGGACCUUGGCCACUUCAGCAAAGUGGACUUCAUCAUCAUAGUCCCAAGAUCAGAGGUUCUGGUCCAGCAAACUCUGCAACGGAUUCGACAAUCGGGUGUCCUUGUAGACUUGGGUCUGGAGGAAAAUGGGACAGCUUAUCAGAGAGCAGAGAAAUAUGUUGUUCGUCUAGAUAAUGAGAUUCAAACCAAGUUUGAAGUUUUUAUGCGGAGGGUGAAACAGAACCCAUACACACUGUUUGUGCUGGUUCAUGACAACUCCCAUGUGGAACUAACGAGUGUUAUUUCGGGCUCUUUGUCACUUGGUGAACCCAGUCAUGGAUUGGCUGAUAGAGUCAUUAAUUGCAGAGAAGUUCUGGAAGCUUUCAACCUCCUGGUGCUUCAGGUUAGCUCCUUUCCAUACACUCUGCAGACCCAACAGUCCCGAAUCAGCUCCAGUAAUGAGGUUCACUGGAUACAGCUGGACAGCAUGGAGGACAUGAGCUGCGAGGAGAAGCUGUACUUCGGCUUGAAUGAGUACAGUAAGUCUCUACAGUGGGGAAUCACAAGCCCACUUCUGAGGUGUGACGAGACUUUUGAAAAAAUGGUGAACACGCUCUUGGAGAGGUACCCCAGGCUGCACAGCAUGGUCGUCCGCUGCUACCUUCUCAUCCAGCAGUACUCGGAGGCUCUGAUGGCUCUCACCACCAUGGCGUCACUCCGAGACCACAGCACACCAGAAACACUCAGCAUUAUGGAUGACCUCAUCAGCUCCCCAGGAAAAACCAAAAGUGGGAGGGGACACAUGCUCAUUAUCAGGGUGCCCUCCGUGCAGCUGGCAAUGUUAGCCAAGGAGCGGCUGCAGGAGGUGCGCGACAAGCUGGGGCUGCAGUACCGCUUUGAGAUCAUCCUUGGGAACCCUGCCUCUGAACUCAGUGUUGCAACUCACUUUGUGGCGCGAUUAAAGACUUGGAGAGGAAAUGAACCAGAAGAGUGGAUCCCUCGGACAUACCAAGAUUUAGAAGGUCUGCCUUGUAUUGUGAUAUUAACUGGCAAAGAUCCGCUUGGAGAAAGCUUUCCCAGGUCUUUGAAGUACUGCGACCUCAGGUUAAUUGAUUCGAGCUAUUUAACUCGCACGGCCUUGGAGCAGGAGGUGGGUCUGGCGUGCUGCUAUGUCUCAAAAGAGGUCAUCCGGGGGCCCGCUGUUGCCCUGGACCUUAGUGGGAAGGAGCAGGAGAGAGCCACGGUCAGUGAGAAUGACUCUGACGAGCUGCUGAUCGAUCUGGAGAGGCCCCAGAGCAACAGCAGUGCUGUCACUGGAACCUCAGGCUCCAUCAUGGAGAAUGGGGUGAGCUCUUCCAGCACAGCAGACAAGUCCCAGAAGCAGUCCCUGACCCCCAGCUUCCAGAGCCCAGCCAACAGCGUGGGGCUGGAUGAAGGGGUCUCCGCAGGCAUGGCAGGGGCUGGAGAAACUCUGAAGCAGGAGUGUGAUUCUCUGGGCGCCCACAUGGCGAGCAGCACCACCUCCAAGCCUUCGUCAUCCUCCUCCUCUUCGGGACCCCGGGCCCUCCUGUGGCCGGGACAGCCUAUCCAAGGCUGCAGGGGUCUGCACACCGCCCUGCCUCCAAUAGUGAUCUUAUCCAAAGCAGCCUACAGCCUCCUGGGCUCCCAGAGGGGAGGCAAGCUGCCAUCCUCCUCAUCCCUGCUGCCGCAUGCCGAUGUGGCCUGGGUAAGCUCCCUGCGGCCAUUUCUGCACAAGGACAUGAGCAGCGAGGAGCAGUCCCUCUACUACCGGCAGUGGACCUCGGCUCGGCAGCACCACGCCGACUACAACAACCAGCCAGACCCCACCUCCGGCACCCGGACCUGCCACCCCCGGCGGCUGCUGCUGACUGGGCCCCCCCAGGUGGGAAAGACUGGCUCCUAUUUACAGUUCCUUAGGAUUCUCUUCCGCAUGCUCAUCAGGCUUCUGGAGGUGGAUGUGUAUGAUGAGGGAGAGAUCAACACCGAUCACUGUGAAAGCAGUGAAGUGAGCCAGUCAGAGGGAGAGCCCUGGCCUGACAUCGAGAGCUUCAGUAAAAUGCCCUUUGACGUCAGUGUGCACGACCCCAAGUACAGUUUGAUGAGCCUGGUAUAUACUGAGAAGCUGGCAGGGGUCAAACAAGAAGCAAUAAAGGAAUCCAAAGUUGAGGAGCCCAGGAAACGAGAAACUGUGUCCAUGAUGCUGACCAAAUAUGCGGCCUACAACACCUUCCACCACUGUGAGCAGUGCCACCAGUACAUGGACUUCACCGCUACCUCUCAGAUGUCCGACUCCACCCUUCAUGCAUUCACAUUCUCUUCCUCUAUGCUGGGAGAAGAAGUGCAGCUCUAUUUCAUCAUUCCCAAAUCCAAAGAGAGUCAUUUUGUCUUCAGCAAACAGGGCAAACACCUGGAGAGCAUGCGGCUGCCCCUGGUUUCAGACAAGCAGAAUUUGAAUGCAGUCAAGAGCCCUAUUUUCACUCCUUCCAGUGGUCGCCAUGAGCAUGGACUCUUAAACCUUUUUCACGCCAUGGAGGGCAUCAGCCAUCUGCACCUUCUGGUAGUCAAAGAAUAUGAGAUGCCGCUGUACCGCAAGUACUGGCCCAACCACAUCAUGCUGGUGCUUCCCGGCAUGUUCAAUAAUGCAGGCGUGGGUGCUGCCAGGUUUCUCAUUAAGGAGCUGUCAUAUCACAACCUAGAACUGGAGAGGAACCGCCUGGAAGAGCUGGGAGUUAAACGCCAGUGUGUCUGGCCUUUCAUUGUUGUGAUGGAUGACUCAUGUGUCCUGUGGAACAUUCACAGUGUUCAGGAGCAGAGCAGCCAGCCUACGGAAGCAGGAGUUUCCAGUAAGAAUGUGUCCUUGAAGAGUGUCUUGCAGCAUAUUGAAGCAACACCAAAAAUCGUCCACUACGCCAUCCUGGGCAUACAGAAAUGGAGCAACAAACUAACCUCUCAGAGCCUGAAGGCCCCAUUCUCUAGGUGCCAUGUGCACGAUUUCAUUCUCCUCAACAUAGACUUGACUCAGAAUGUGCAGUAUGACUUCAACAGGUAUUUCUGUGAAGAUGUUGACUUUAACCUGAGAACAAAUAGUAGUGGACUGCUCAUCUGCCGCUUUAAUAACUUCAGUCUCAUGAAGAAACAUGUUCAGGUUGGAGGGCAAAGGGAUUUUAUCAUUAAACCAAAGAUCAUGGUGUCAGAGAGCUUAGCACCCAUCUUGCCCCUUCAGUAUGUCUGUGCUCCCGACAGUGAACACACACUACUGGCAGCCCCUGCGCAGUUUCUCCUGGAGAAGUUCCUUCAGCAUGCCUCAUACAAACUCUUCCCCAAAGCUAUCCAUAACUUCAAGAGUCCUGUGUUGGCCAUUGACUGCUACCUUAACAUUGGACCAGAGGUGGCCAUAUGCUAUGUCAGCUCCAGACCCCACUCCAGCAAUGUCAACUGUGAAGGGGUGUUUUUCAGUGGACUCCUCUUGUACCUCUGUGACUCUUUUGUAGGUGCUGAUCUUCUUAAGAAAUUUAAGUUUCUAAAAGGUGCUACCCUGUGUGUCAUCUGCCAAGACAGAAGCUCCUUACGCCAAACAAUUGUCCGCUUAGAGCUAGAGGAUGAGUGGCAGUUCCGCCUCCGGGACGAGUUUCAAACUGCUAACAGCAGUGAUGACAAGCCCCUCUACUUUCUUACUGGACGACAUGUAUGAGCUUUUGAAGAGACCAAAAGUAGCAAGGGGCUGCCUAGAUGGGGUGGGGCAGAAACAAUUAUUUGGGAUUUUUUUUUCCUUUAACGUACAAUCACUGUGGAGCAAAGUGCAACAUAUUUGUUUCUUCCCCAAAGAACCCCCCCACAAAUCUAGCCCAGGUCUUUGGGGGCAUCACUCUCCUUCAGUUCUAAUUUUGAGACCUUAAAUUCAGUUAACUCCACCCUAGGCAGUUAUGCAAUUGAGACUCAAUCUGCCCUCAGGAGCCUGAGGAGAAUCUGCUUUGGAGAAUGAACGUGGAGUUUGCAUUGUUUUUUCUACUAAACUAUGUUAGGGGGAAAACUGACUCUCAGCAUUAGCUAGCCUGAAUGUCUUAUAUGAGACUCACACCGUUGGUGUGGAAUUAAUUGAAGAUUAACGUUUGAGGCCUGAACCCUCAGUUUCUCUUCAGAUCUGUACUUUGGUACAGUAUUACUCAGGGGUCUGAAAUGAUAGAAUGUAGAAGAUAUUUGUAUUUAAAAAAAAGAAGUAGCUUUGUCUUUCUCUGUGCAGUGUUAGUUUAAGAUUUAUAAUCUUAUAUGUAUUGAAACUUUUGGCAAAAUUUCCACAAGAGUUAAAAGUUUACUAUUUAAACUGAACAAACAAUUCAGUAAGUACAGAACAGGCAUUAUGUGCAUUUAUGCAGCUUCUCCUUGCUUAAAUUCUUUUGCUUUAUCCAUUCUUUAAAAAUGUUUCCAGUCUCAUGGUUUCCAUAAGCACACCAUGUCUAUGAGAAUAUGGAAGAGUGAUUAAUCUUGUACAAGGAGAAUCUGAUUCAACAGUUGAGCCAAUUAAGAAGCUUUCAGCAAUCAGCCACAGCCACCUUGUUUAGUCGGGAUUAAGCAGUUGGCACCAGCAAAGCUAAAUGUCAGGCUAAAGUUCUGUGCGGAGUGGAACUAGUCUGUUUCCUUUCAGAGGCUGAAGGAAAGAGCCCUUUAAAAGAUACACAGAAUGAAUAUUAUUAGCUGCCUUAUACGGAUAACACCACAGAAAUUGCUGAAAUGGGAAACAGAGUCAUAGAGAAAGAGAACUGUUUUACUUAAUCCUACCAGUCAGUCUUCCGUGAGCAGUAAGGAAGAUUCCAUUAAAAGUCCCUUUCUCUCAUUAGUAUCAGCAGGGGGUGUUUGUUCAGUAUCAACAGUACGGGGCAUAUGUUUCUACAGAUUCCUCACCAUAUAUUUUAAUCAAAAACAGAUUUUUAGGCAAUGUUCCAGAACAAACUAUAGGAAAUGUUCCAGAACAAACUAAGACUACUGGAAGUUUACUCUUAAAUUACUCCAGUUCUCAUCAUUAAACAAAUUCUUGACAUUUUUCUCAUUAGCACAUACGUACCACUUUUUCCCCACUUAAAAUGAUGGCCAUUUUUACUUGAAUCGAUGUUGCCUGAAACUACUGAGAGGGGCCUACUAAGCCUGCAUUUACUCAGAACAAAGUGUUAAUUGACCAGCUUUAUUAGCGUUGAUAACAGGGAGUUUACAGCUAGUGAAAAGAUGGAACGUACUAAUCUGAAAAUGGUUUGCAGAUCUCCUGGUUUUAAUAUAGCCACUUAUGAUGCUUUAAGUGUAUUUUGAAAUGAACAAUUCCUUUAAACUCCAUUUUUAAUUGUCCUUCAAAGAGGAUCUGCCUUAUGCUUUAAAAAAACUCAAUUUUAGUACAGCAGAAUUUCUGACAAAGAGGUAUGUUCUGAACUAGGUUGAUUUAGAUAUGAAUGUAUUUCAGUUGUUCCUGUUUUGUUGAAAGGGCCUAAUGCAGAUGAUAUCAAGAAACCUACUGUUUGUGCAAUAUUCCAAUAAUAUUUACUAUAUAGGGAAAAUCAAAUACUUGAAAUAAUUCUAAAACAGUUGUAUCUGGGGCAGAUGGCCUCUCAGGGUUUCUUCUGGCUUUAUGGUUUCAUAGUCUAAGGAAAAAUUUUUAAAGUAGUUACUUUAGAUGCAGGUACUUCAUAUUAGUUAGGGCUGCACUCUGAAAAAUCAAAUGAUUAUGAUCUCUUAAAUACUUUUUAACUCUGUGGAAGAAAAAUGCCAGAAUAAAGCCAAAACAUCAUCACCCCAAUGAUGGAGAACUCAAAUUGACCUGCCUAUUCUCUUCAAUGCCUAUCUUACUAAAGUUUGGAUCUUUUAAAAUCAUUUUAUCAGUAUGAUUCUGUAGAGAAUGUUAGGGCCUUCUUUAAGGAUAAAAUUGCACAAGCACAGGACACUAUGAUUUGUUAAUCCAUACCCUGGUGUGUUCAGCUUCGAGCCUUGCCACCCCUUAGAAUACUGUGAUGUGAAUGUGUUCCCUAGGCCUGCAUAAGAAUUGACCGAUAGACCUGUUGAACCUUGCCAUGUAUGACAGUUCACACAGGUUAAUACUGAAUGUAAACUAAAAUUAGAGUGAGAAUUGUUGUAUUCAGUUUUUUUUGGCUGUAAUUUAUGCAAUUGCUUUUUGUGAUUUUUAGAAAAGGAGGCACCUGUGUUACUUUAUUACUGUAAAAUUUUCUCAAACAAAAUUUGGUGAAUUUCACUAGUCUACCUCACAUUUUGUUUAUGAUUCUAAAUUGUCUUAAGUUGUGUCUACAGUAUGUUCUUGUCCUUUCAUUGAAUUUGGUGAAUGUAUUAAAAUUCUCUCCCACACCAAAAAAAA